AGCUAACAAAACCAAAAGACUAAUUCGUCACACAACAUUAUCUGGUUUCCCAUUCUCUCUCUCUUCUGAUGAAUCUCCCUUCUCUUAAAUUCAUCACUUCACGCUAGAAUAUAGAUACAGAAAUGGCUUCGAAGGCUGCGCCGAUAUUAAUUUACGGCGCUAAUAACAACAAGCAAGACAACCCCUAUUCUCAAUUGGGCAUUUCGGGUUUCGCCGCCGCCGGUCGAUUAGCGCCGUCGAAUUCUAGGGUUCAGAGGGUUUGGCAAUGUCUUUCUCACACUCACCGGGCAAUUAUACCCGUUGAAGACGAGGUACCCUCAACUUCCGGUGCUGCUCCUACCACUCAGAUUACUCUGGUUAGAGCAUAUGACAAGGAUUUAAGCUCUCUCCCCAAACCCUUGUCUGCAGCAGAUUUGUCCCCCUUUUCUGGUGACGGUAAGAAAGUUCGUGUGGCGUAUCAGGGUGUUCCAGGUGCAUAUAGUGAGGCUGCUGCACUAAAAGCUUACCCGAAGUGCGAGACUGUCCCGUGCGACGAAUUUGAAGCCGCGUUUAAGGCGGUUGAGUUGUGGUUGGCGGAGAAAGCAGUGCUUCCGAUUGAGAACUCGGUCGAUGGGAGCAUCCAUCGGAACUAUGACUUGCUUCUUUGUCAUAGGCUUCACAUAGUUGGUGAAGUUCAGUUGCUUGUUAAUCACUGCCUUUUAGGAUUGCCUGGCGUUAGAAAGGAGGAGCUUAAACGUGUAUUGAGCCAUCCACAGGCACUAGAUCAGUGUGAGAUGGCCCUGAGUGAGUUGGGUGUGACCAGAGUCAACGUAGACGAUACAGCUAGUGCAGCUCAGAUUGUAGCAUCUGAAGGUGUGAGGGAGAUGGGAGCAGUUGCAAGUACUCGAGCUGCAGAAAUCUACGGUCUUGAUGUUCUUGCGGAAAGAAUACAGAAUGAUUCAGACAAUGUAACCCGUUUUCUGAUACUUGGGAGGGAACCUAUAAUUCCAGGAACCGAUAGACCUUACAAGACUAGCAUCGUCUUCAGUCUAGAAGAGGGACCCGGAAUUCUAUUCAAGGCUUUAGCAGCCUUCGCUCUGAGGGGCAUUAGUUUGUCAAAGAUUGAGAGCCGACCACAAAGAAGACGGCCUUUGAGGGUUGUUGAUGACUCUAACCGCGGGAGUGCCACAUACUUUGAUUACCUCUUUUACAUCGAUUUUGAAGCCUCUAUGGCGGAGCCUCGUGCUCAAAAUGCACUCGGACAUUUACAGGAGUUUGCUAGGUUUCUUCGAGUACUAGGUUGUUACCCAAUGGAUAAUAGUUCUACGAACUAAUAUUUUCGAUUUUUCUUUGUUCAUACACUUAAUAAGUUGGAUUAUCAAUUGGGAAGAGAAAGUAAAGGGUGAUGAAACCUGCACAUAGAGAUAUUUGUAUAUUUAUGACUGUUGAAUCGUACAGCCCAUUUCAUUCAUUUUUUUCUAUUCUUUCCGUAUUUAAUUCCCGACGAAAUUGCCGAUUUGAACCGGGCUCGUAUUUUUACUUUUUGGAUUCGUAGCGCCUGUAAUUUUCCCAGGAACAUCUGUUAUAGUCAAAUCAAUCGAGCCUGUUUCUCGUUCGGUUCGAUUUAA